AUGGCCCCUCCAAGUAGCCAGCCGACAUUCGAAUACUGCCUCACGUACAUCCCGGUGAAGACCGAUGUCAAAAGAUUCCUGGAGAAGGUAUUCAACAGACCAUAUGAUCUAGACGAGAUUAAGGUACCUGGCGCUGCCGCCCGAUUGAGUCUACCGGGUCCGGAGACGAGUUGUUUACCCAAGGCAGGAAAAGAGCGGACGAUGGAUCUACUAUUCCGAGCGAGAAUUGACGGAUAA